AUGGCUGUUCAAAUCACAGGAGGGUUUCAGGGUUUGAACCCAUAUGCCCCCGAGUUCUUCCCUAACCAAAACCUAUUCUCACUCUCUGGUUCAAUAAUCCCCUCCUACUUUUACCCCCAACCGCCUCUGGUAAACCCUAACCAAUAUUCCUCCUUCUACUUCUCUUACUUUCAUCAAACAAACACCACCACCUUUGAUACUAACUUUACCUCCUCCGAUACUAAUUACUCUUUCAACCCACUUUUCCCUACCCAAAGUACCCAACAAGCCCCUCUCAACUUUCUGCAACCAUCAACUGAGCCAACUCUUACCCUACCUCAUGAAGAGCAUGGCCUCCGUGGGGUCCAGAACCAAGAGGCCAAGACAGUGUCUCGUUCACCAAGGCCAAGGGCGGUCAAGGGGUAUUAUAGGAAUAAAAAGCGGUGCUCUUUUGGUCAUGGAGGUCUAGGGAGCAGUUUUAAUGAAAGCAGAAGGGGUACUUAUUGUAAGUGUGAGAAGGAAAGGGAAGUGAGGCCAAGGUUGGGGUUUGUCAAUAGUUAUGAUAAAGGUUUUGAUAAUUGGAAAAGUAAUGGCAUGGGAAAUAAUUGGCUUGGGCCCAACAAGGUGAGGAGCAAACAAUUCUCGGAUGUGUUGCCUGUGGUACGUGGUGGAGACAAUACCACUGUUAUGAUCAGGAACAUUCCCAACAAGUACAAUCGUGAUCUGCUUAUGGCUUUUCUGGACACUCAUUGCGCCAUGGAGAAUAAAAAAUAUGAGAAACUUGGCAGAGAAGGAGGAGGAGAUAACUCGACGCUAAUAUCUGCUUAUGACUUCUUGUAUCUACCAAUAGACUUCCAGACCGGGUUCAACAAAGGGUAUGCAUUUGUGAACUUCACGAGCCCAGAGGCAGUCUGGAAGUUUUACAAAGCGGCUCACAGCCAAGCAUGGGAGCUCUUCCACUCUACUAAGAUACGUCAAAUUGCCUAUGCCAAAAUCCAGGGGAAGAAGGGGCUGGUAAGGCAUUUUGAGACGAUGGGGUUUCCAUGUGAAUCAGAAGAUGUGUUGCCUCUAUCUUUCGAGCCACCUCGAGACGGUCUCAGGAGGCAGGUUCUGCGCACGACCGUAGGCAAGCUCAUUUUCCGCAAAGAAGAAAAAUCUCAGUAG